AUGGCAGCGAAGGGUAGCAUGUCCUUCGAUGAAGCCACGUUGGCUUGCUUCCGUGAAGCCGAAGCUUCUCUCGGAGAAGGCGGCGCGGCUUUCGCCACGGAUGUGGUGGAGGUGACCGUUGCCGCUGGGUGGACCCGCGUCGGGGAUCCCGGCCGUGCCGGCGUGAAUUCGUUUGCGGCGAUCCUGCUAGGCUUCGUGCCGCCUUUUCCCAACUUGCCUCCCCCCGCGUCGGGGGCUGCCCAGCCACCUGCUGUGCCGGAGAACGUUUCUCCUCCCCAAGCUGGGGUGUCCGAAAACAAAGACACAGCCCCCCAGCCUCCCGCUGCUGCUGCGCCGGACGUUCCCGCGCAGGCGGCCAAAGAAGAGGCGUCCUCUUCGGACGAUGUUUCGGAUGAUACUGAGCCGGCGGAUACCCCGGCCGAGCCCUCCGACGUUCGGAAGGAGGCCGCCGCUGCCGCGGUAAAAGCUAAGGGCCGUGCCCUUUCAAAGCGGCGUGCGCGUAGCAGCAAGCGCAGCCCUUCGUACGAGUACACGUACGAGAGCUACAGCCCUGACGACCAGGCGGACACGAGGGCCGUGCCCCCGUCCCCCGACUCUGGGGAAACCGCCCGCCAUGAGCGCGACGAUCGCGCACGGCCUGCUCGUAAGCAGCCACGCGUCUUUGUCGACGCCCGACGUCCCGCUCUGUUCAGGGGAGCGACGGCAGAGGUUCCGGCCGUGCCGCCUCCCCCCCCUGCUGGCCCCAGACGUUCUGGUGCGGAGUUGAGACCCCACUCAGCUCGACCUGGAGCACAGGGCCGUGCCCGCACACCCGCGUCGGGGUCUGUCCUUGCCGGACGCCGUGCGUCCGGUGCCGAUGGCCCGGUGAGAGCCAUGAUGUGUGAUAGCGGCUGCGGAGUGCCGCUUGAGCCCGACUCCAUCCACGCCUUCACCUGCAGCGUCUGCAGGUGGCAGUGGGACGGCGUCGUACGCCGAGGGGGCAGGGUCCAGAAGCGCUGGUACUGCCCCAGCUGCAGAGUCAUUUACUGCAGGGACUGCUGCAGGGUCUCCGUGAGACAGGCGCACGCGCGUCGUACGCGCUGA